AUGUCUGCAUGCGCUGUGGGUGUGGAUAACCCAAGGGUUACAAUUGUAAUUCAGUGGGGUGUCUGCUGUAAUAUUCCAGACUGGAAUCAGCGUGGAGGGCGCGUUGCUCGCACAUUGCACACUGAGGAAAAAGUACCUCCAGACAAAAUUGAUGACAACCCAGAUACCGCACUCAGGACACCUCUUCCAGAGCAAUCUAGCAAACAGCAUAGACUUGGGGCAGUGAUGAUUCACCUCAUUAACAGCAAGACACUUUGUGUUCAUGACUUUUUGGCUACAUACUUUGACAACAACACACCAGAGAGAGAUAUACUCAGAACUUCACAUUUGCACACCUGGAAGCCGGUGCCUGAUGCUGAUACUGAGGCCAAACAACCUAGGAACAGCAGGGUGCAAGUUAAACAAGCCCUACAGCUCUGGCAGGAUAAGACAUGGAGAGCACAUCCUCUGUGCACCAUAGUGGCCCCAGACAAGAUUAUAGACAAUGAGGGGAUUGAGGACAUAGCAAGCAUAUUUCCCUUGCUUUGGGGUCAAGAGGUUGCAGAGGUUGUUUAUGCUUGUGAUUUGGCUGCAGAUAUUGCAGCAUUGACUGAUAGCUAUACUCCCGCACCAAAUGGACAGUUCAUUUGCUUUUGGCCUACUCAGUAA